AUGGCUGAACAGAAGCACGAUAUGGUCACUAGGAACCCUAGCUGGGAAAAGAACGAAAUGAGCAAUAGAAACAAAAGAUUAUUAUGGAACAACUCUGUGCAUUUCUGUGAGUGGCAGGGUGUUACAUGCGGACAUCGCCACAUGAGAGUCUCUGUCUUGCACUUGCAAAAUCAAAACUGGGGUGGCACUCUUGGACCAUCUUUGGGAAAUCUAAGCUUCCUCACAACCCUCAUUCUUUCCAACAUCAACAUGCAUGGGGAAAUUCCCACACAAAUUGGUCGACUAAAGAGGUUGCAGGUUCUUCACUUGAGCCACAACAGUCUAAAUGGUCAGAUUCCUGUACACCUUUCUAACUGCUCUAAACUUGAGGUCAUUAACUUGUUGUACAAUAAACUCAAUGGAAAAGUUCCCUCCUGGUUCGGACUUGGAUCCAUGACACGGCUAAAUAAGUUGCUUCUUGGUGCCAAUGAUCUUGUUGGUACUAUCCCACCUUCCAUGGGGAAUCUUUCGUCCCUCCAAAGUAUCACAAUUGCUAGAAAUCAUUUGAUGGGAAGUAUACCGCAUGUUUUGGGUCGGUUAUCAAAUUUGAAAGAGCUGAAUACUGGUUUAAAUAAUUUUUCAGGAGAAGUGCCUGAUUCUCUUUAUAAUCUUUCCAAUAUUCAAGUUCUUGUUCUAGGGGGAAACCAGUUAUCUGGUACUCUUCCAUCAAAAAUGCAACUUGCUUUUCCAAACCUUAGAGCAUUCUUUGUUGGAGAGAACCAGUUGAAUGGAGCUUUCCCGUCUUCAAUAUCCAACAUCACCGGAUUGCAAGCGUUUGAUAUCUCCUUAAAUGGUUUUAGUGGUCCAAUUCCUCCCACUUUCGGAAGCUUAAACAAACUCAAGACGUUUAGCAUUUUUGAUAAUAGAUUUGGAAGUGGGAGCGCUCAAGAUUUAGAUUUCCUUUCCUCUUUAACCAAUUGUACUCAAUUAAAGAUACUUCUUUUGGGUUGGAAUGAAUUUGGUGGUGUGUUGCCAGAUCUUAUUGGCAAUUUUUCUACCAAUCUCACUUCGCUCAGUAUGGAGUGUAAUCAAAUAACUGGAACGAUACCUGAACGAAUUGGACAGCUAAUCGGUUUAACUAACUUCGUCGUGAUUAAUAAUUAUCUUGAGGGAAGCAUUCCAGAUUCAAUUGGAAAGCUUAAAAAUCUAGUGAGAUUGGCCCUUCAAGAAAACAAACUGUCUGGUAAUAUUCCUACAGCCAUUGGCAAUCUUACUAUGUUGUCUGAACUUUAUCUGCACACCAAUAAAUUACAAGGAAGCAUUCCAUUAAGCCUCAAACACUGCACGCGAAUGCAGUCAUUUGGUGUUUCCACCAACAACUUGAGUGGAGAUAUUCCUAGCCAAACAUUUGGCAGUCUAGAAGGUUUGAUAAAUCUUGACUUAUCAAACAACUCUUUCACUGGUUCCAUCCCUUUAGAGAUUGGAAACUUGACGCACCUUUCCAUACUAUAUCUAAACGAAAACAAGUUGUCUGGUGAAAUUCCUGCCAAACUUGCUGCUUGUUCCGAAUUAACAGAACUCAUGUUGCAGAUAAACUUUUUCCGAGGAAGCAUACCGUCGUUCUUGGGCUCUUUAGGAACCCUUGAAUUCCUAGACCUUUCUAACAAUAACUUCUCAAGCACAAUCCCUGUUGAACUACAAAAGUUGAGUUAUUUGAAUGCUUUGAACUUGUCUUUUAACCAUCUUUAUGGUGAGGUUCCCACAGGAGGUGUCUUUAAUAAUGUUACAGUAAUUUCACUCAUUGGAAAUAAGGAUCUCUGUGGUGGCAUACCUCAACUGAAAACAAAAUGGGAAAGUUAUUAA